AUGACGGUUGGUGACAAGCAAAAAUGGACUGCAACUAACGUUCGUUCCACGUUUUUGGAAUAUUUCGGUGAACGUAACCACAAGUUUGUUGCUUCUUCUCCAGUGGUGCCAUACGAUGAUCCCACGCUGCUGUUUGCAAACGCCGGUAUGAAUCAAUACAAACCCAUCUUUUUGGGCACGGUGGACCCAUCUUCUGAUUUCUACAACUUGAAAAGUGCAAUGAACUCUCAGAAAUGUAUCAGAGCUGGUGGUAAACACAACGAUUUGGAAGACGUCGGAAGAGACUCGUACCAUCACACUUUCUUCGAAAUGUUGGGGAACUGGUCUUUUGGCGACUAUUUCAAAAAAGAAGCCAUUUCAUACGCAUGGGAACUGCUUACCAAGGUGUACGGAAUUCCAGCGGACAGGCUGUAUGUGACAUAUUUCGAGGGUGAUGCCAAACAGGGACUGGAAGCAGACACAGAAGCGCGCGAUUUCUGGCGCCAAGUCGGUGUUUUGGACGACCACAUUUUGACCGGUAACGCCAAGGACAAUUUCUGGGAAAUGGGUGAACAGGGUCCAUGUGGCCCUUGUUCUGAGAUCCACUACGACCGUAUUGGUGGCAGAAACGCGUCCUCUUUGGUCAACAUGGAUGACCCAGACGUUCUGGAAAUCUGGAACAUCGUUUUUAUCCAGUACAACAGAGAACAAAACGGAAAGUUGAGACCUUUGCCAGCAAAACACAUUGACACGGGUAUGGGCUUUGAAAGACUCGUGUCUGUCUUGCAAGAUGUUAGAUCCAACUACGACACAGACGUGUUCCAGCCUUUGUUUGCGCGUAUUCAAGAGAUCACUGGCGCUAGAGCUUACGCCGGAAAAUUCGGAGCUGAAGAUGCGGAUGGUGUCGACACCGCUUACAGGGUUUUGGCCGAUCAUGUCCGUACGUUGAUGUUUGCAUUGGCCGAUGGCGGUGUGCCUAACAACGAGGGGAGAGGUUACGUUUUGAGACGUAUUUUAAGAAGAGGCGCUCGUUACGCCCGCAAGUAUUUGAACUACCCAAUCGGCAACUUCUUCUCGACUUUGGCUCCUACUUUGAUAGAACAAACUAAGACCAUGUUCCCCGAAAUUGCCAAAGACCCUAGUUAUCUCUUCGAGAUUUUGGAUGAGGAAGAGGCUUCUUUCGCUAAGACCCUAGACAGAGGUGAAAAACUAUUUGAAAAAUACGCCCAGGCCGCUUUGGAGACGGAGGCAAAGACUCUAGAUGGUCUUCAAGUCUGGAGACUAUACGAUACCUACGGUUUCCCUGUCGACUUGACAGAACUAAUGGCCGAAGAGCAGGGUUUGAAAAUCGACGGUCCUGGUUUCGAAAAAGCUAAACAGGAAUCGUACGAAGCUUCCAAGAAGGGCGGUAAAAAGGGAGUCGCUGAGUUGAUAAAGCUGGAUGUUCACGGACUUUCAACUUUGAACUCGGAAGGUAUUGCUAAGACCGAUGACUCUCCAAAAUACACCUCUGCCAACGUGGAGGCAACGAUUUUGAAAAUUUACGAUGGUGAAAACUUUGUUUCCAGUACUGGAGAAGUGGGCAGUCAAUACGGUGUGAUUCUAGAUCAGACUUGUUUUUACGCUGAGCAAGGUGGUCAAGAAUACGAUGUUGGUACUUUGGUGAUAGAUGGUUCCACUGAGUUCAAGGUCGAAAACGUACAACUUUACAACGGCUACGUCUUCCACACUGGAUUCGUCGCCGAAGGUGAGCUCAAGGUGGGCGACAAAAUCAUUGCUUCUUUUGAUGAGCUUCGCCGUUUCCCUAUCAAGAACAACCACACUGGUACCCACAUCUUAAACUUUGCAUUGAAAGAGGUGCUUGGAGGUGAUAUCGAUCAAAAGGGUUCUUUGGUUGCACCAGAGAAACUGAGAUUCGACUUCUCGCACAAAAAAGCUUUGACUUUGGAUGAAGUUAAAAAAGUUGAGGAUCUGUGUGGCCAGCAAAUCAAAGCCAACUUGCAGGUCUACUACAAAAACGUACCUUUGCAAUUGGCUCAGCAAAUAUCUUCCGUCCGUGCUGUCUUCGGUGAAAGUUACCCAGAUCCCGUUCGUGUUGUGUCAGUGGGUAUGCCAGUGGACGAGUUGUUGAGCAAUCCCGCAAACGAAGAGUGGCAGAAAUACUCUGUUGAGUUCUGCGGUGGUACUCACGUUAACAAGACUGGCGACAUCAAGGACUUUGUCAUCACAGAGGAGAGCGGUAUUGCUAAAGGUAUUCGCAGAAUUGUCGCUGUUUCCGGCACUGAAGCCCACGAAGUGCAAAGAAUUGCUUCCAGCUUCGACGCUGAGCUCGAGGCUGCCGAAAAGCUACCGUUUUCGCCACUAAAGGAGAAGAAGCUCAAGGAACUCGGUGUCAGCCUCGGACAGUUAAAUAUUUCUGUCUUGGCUAAGAACGACUUGAAGACAAAGUUCGCCAAGGUCGAGAAAGCUGUUAAAGAUGAGCUCAGAACUCGUGCAAAGAAAGAAACCAAGCAGACUGUGGAUGAGGUUAAAAACUUUUUCGCGGAAAACGAGUCUGCUCAAUUUUUCGUCAAGUACGUCGAUAUCCCAACCAAUGCCAAGGCCAUCACCGAAGCUGUCAACUACAUGAAAACUUCCGCCAAAGACAAAACUAUUUAUCUGCUGAAUGGUAGCGAAAAGGUUGCCCAUGGCUGUUACAUUUCCGACAAUGCUCUUGGGAAGGGUGUCAUUGGUCGCGACCUUUUGGACAGAAUUUCUCGCAACAUCGGUGGUAAAGCCGGUGGUAAAGCCAACGUUUUCCAAGGUGUUGGUGACAAGCCUGACGGAAUUGAAAACGCCGUUAAGGAAGUUUCCGAACUUUUGCAAGAGAAGCUUUCGAUCUAG